AUGUCAAACACCAACGCCACCACCACGGGCUGUGGCCAUCUCCGCCCUCGACGAUUCGCGCCACUGGGUACUGGGAAGAGCUCUGAUGCUCCCACCCUCAAGGGAAUUGUGUUUGAUGUGGAUGGUACUUUAUGUCUUCCACAACAUCAUAUGUUCACGGAGAUGAGAGAUGCUCUCGGCAUCGACAAAUCUAUCGAUAUUCUCGACCACAUCCGGGACUUGCCCACAGCGGAAGACCGUGACGCGGCCAUUGCCCGAAUCCAGGCCGUAGAGCGACGCGCCAUGCUGGAACAAGAGCCACAGCCGGGUCUCGUCAAGCUCAUGGAAUAUCUGCAAUCUCGUGGUCUUCGUCGAGCUCUUUGCACUCGGAAUUUCGAGACUCCGGUUCAAUAUCUCCUACAGAACCAUCUUCCUUCGCAUGAAUUUUUACCUAUCAUUACUCGGGAUACUCCCAAUGUGCUCCCAAAGCCUGACCCCGCCGGGAUCUUGCACAUUGCCCAGGAAUGGGGUUUGACUAAUCGUGCAGAGAAUAUGAUCAUGGUGGGAGAUAGCCUGGAUGAUAUGACAUCAGGCCAUGAGGCUGGCGCGGCAACAGUACUGGUGGUGAAUGAGCGGAAUGGCCAUCUCCAGGAGCACCCUCACACUGAUCUGUGUAUCCGUCGUCUUGAUGAGCUAGUCGACAUCCUCGAGGGCGGAUUUCUAGGCCGUGAGGAGAAUGGACAGCAUGAGCAGAAACCAUGA